UACUUUGCGGCGCUGGGAAAAAAAGAUCCGGAGGUCUGUCUCCCGGGUUUUGCUGCUACUGUCACCUGGAGGGCGGUGCACCCUGAGGCUGCAUUUCUUCCCUGAGCGUUAAGGGACAAGCAGUUCAGCCCUUUUCCGUGCUGGUUGGAUUUGCUUGAAUUUGUUCCUAGUCACUGCUCAUGUAAUGCACUCCCUUAACCAGGAAAUUAAAGCAUUCUCCCGGAAUAAUCUCAGGAAGCAAUGCACCAGGGUGACAACGCUAACCGGAAAGAAAAUUAUAGAGACAUGGAAAGAUGCCAGAAUUCAUGUUGUGGAAGAAGUAGAGCCGAGCAGUGGGGGUGCUUGUGGUUAUGUGCAGGAUCUUAGCUUGGACCUGCAAGUUGGCAUUAUUAAGCCAUGGUUGCUUCUGGGGUCACAAGAUGCCGCUCAUGAUCUGGAUACACUGAAAAAGCACAAGGUGACUCAUAUUCUCAAUGUUGCAUAUGGGGUUGAAAAUGCUUUCCUCAGUGACUUCAUAUAUAAGAACAUUUCUAUAUUGGAUCUGCCUGAAACCAAUAUCCUGUCUUAUUUUCCAGAAUGUUUUGAAUUUAUUGAACAAGCAAAAAUGAAGGAUGGAGUGGUUCUUAUUCAUUGUAAUGCAGGAGUUUCCAGGGCAGCUGCAAUUGUAAUAGGUUUCCUGAUGAAUUCUGAAAGAAUCUCAUUUACCAGUGCUUUCUCUUGGGUGAAAAAUGCGAGGCCUUCCAUAUGUCCAAAUGCUGGUUUCAUGGAGCAGCUUUGUAUAUAUCAAGGGGGCAAAGAAAGCAAUAAGUGUGACAAAAUACAGGAAUUAGAAAGGGACAACAGUUCAUGAGUUACAUUCUUGAGAUACUGAACAACUGCAAUUUCUGAGUUGGCUUCUAUAGCUACCUUUCCCCUUUUUGUGGAGAUCAGGUGAAUAAAAACUUCCUUUUCUCUUGCCUUUUUUCAAGUGGAAAUGGAGGUCAAUUGAUUGUCCUGAGCUAGUGUAUAAAUAAUUUAAAAAAUAAUUUUAUGUUUUCUUUGGUAUUAUAAUGCCUGAUUAAAUGCUUCUUUGAUUUGCUAAGAGAGAAUAACAAUGUAUUACCAAUAAUUGAUUUAUGUAGAAGGAAAAGUUUUAAAUUUGAAAUCUAUGUUAGAACAUAGAAAGAUUAAAUCGGUUGAUUAAGAUUUAGUAUUUUUCUGUUCUACAAAUGUUUCCAUGAAGGAAAAAACAUGAAAUUCUACUUGACUUACUGUUUAAGAGGGAGAUAAAUUUCUCUGUAAAUAACUUAAGAUUAAAAACCAAUACCUUAAACCUUCCAAAGAGGUAAACAAAGUAUGAAGGUUUGCACUAUAUUUAUAUAGUGGUUACCAUAGUCACAAAAUUUUUAUUGUCUUUUUAUGAAAAUGUACCCACUUUUCAUUUUGAUUUUUUAAAAAUCUGAUUCUAUCCCUUGCAUUUAUUUUUAAGUUUUUAUAUAGAUUUUCUUUCUUAUAUUAUUAUGAGCUUAUGGUUCUUUAAUUAGGUGAUCUAGUCUCUUACAUUGUGUGCUUUUUAUCUUGGGUUCCUAGCAUUCUGUUUUUGGGUCCCAUGUCAUAAUUUUUUGAUCUCCUUGGAUCUGUGGAAAAAUGUUUUAUAGAUCAUUUUUCAGAUGUAAUUUGUUCAAUGAUCUGUUUUCUAGUUUGAUAUUCUACUAGAGAACAUAUUUUUUAAGGAAAGAAGGGUUAUGGUUUUGUAAAAAAAAAUUUAAAUACAUUCUUAGAAAGCAUAAAAUCAUUUACAAUUUUAUCUCUGGCCAGAGGCUUUUGAAUAGUUUAUUUUUUAAAAAAUUAAGUCUUCAUAUUGGCAAGGAUGAAAUUGACAUCAUAAAUUUGCUUAAAGAUAUUAUUUAUCUUUUUCAAAAUAAAACGUACUUAAAAUUACCUAUAAUAAUUAAGAUAGGAUUUAGUAGCUUUCAAGUAGCCUUCAUGACUUAGAAAAUAUCAUUGCCAUUUAGAUUGUAUUAGGAAGGUCCUGAACUCUUCUGAAAUACAUGUUAUAGAGAGCAAGCAUAUUCCUGUACGUAAGUUGGAAAGUGUAUAUUGAGCACGUCCAUGCAUUUGAGAAAGCAGGCUUUCUUAUGCUGUCAGGAGCAAAAAGUAGAAGUGAUAAAUAAAAAGUAUGUUUCGAGAUUGCUUAUAGACGGACAAAAUGCCAUCACAUGCAAAGCUAUGAACAUUGCUUCUGUUGAGAAGCAGCAUAAAUGUAGUCAACCUACAGUGAGCUAUUCGAGGCCAGCCAAGGCAGACAGAAUCUUCUUUAUGAGACUGUAUAAUGUUGUCUCUGUAGUCAGUAUUGCUGAGGGUUUGCAGAGUGAACCUUUUCCAUUUACAUGAAAACAUUUAUUUAAAUACAUUUUCUUUUGCUUGGUGCUGUUCAGUUUUCAGCCAUUAAAUGUGACAGGAAGCCCUGAAUAGAACUUUUUCAUGAUGGAUAAUGUAUUACUUAUGUUUGUAGCUUGUAUGCUUAGUUGUUGCCUGUAAUGAUCUAGUUAUGGUAUAAGCUCCUAUCUUCUCAAUCACUUACAGAAGUGCUUUGAACAUUGAACACAGUAGUUUGCUGUAUCGAAAAUAGAUCAAUGAAUGCAAUCCAGUCUUUAAAGUUAGGGGUAUUAUGUAAGGCAAUGAUGGGUCAUAUAUAUAUAUAUAUGUUUAUUGUGUUUCCCAUGGAUAUGUCACUCUGUUAUACCUAUUUAUAAAAAGGAAUUUCAUCAUUAUGAUUCUUUAUGUCACAUAUUAUAAAUGAAAAAAGUGUAUACCAAAUAUAAGUAUGUUUUCAGGGAGAGGGAAAAUAUUUCGAAGAGUUUUUACCUCUUUUAAAAUAGAUUUUUCUGCCAUUUAAAGAUUUUUUUUGCUUUCUUGUUUUUUUCCUACCAUUUUUUAAAAGGAAGAGAAAAUGAAAGUAUCAUUUGUUCUUAAACAUUGAAAAGAAAUAUAGAGCCUUCCUAGCAACCUGAGAAGGAUGAGCAGAGCAAAGGUACUGGAAUAAAUGAUAAAAUUCUAUUUAUUUGAGGUCAAUAUUUUUUAAGUGUUUUGCUAACUUUAUGCUUUAGUAUAGGUGUGUGAUGACAUAUAAUUUUCAUUGAAAACUAAGAAAUAUUUACAUUUUUGGAAAAACUAAAGAAAUCUUUUUUUAGAUUCUUUAGGAUAAAAUUUAGACCAUUAACUCAAGACACAGAAUCAGAGGAAAUGGAGUAUAGUAUUUUAAAUGGUUGCUGCAGUUUUACUUUUGCAUCCUUUCUUCCUUGUUGAACCUUGAUUGACAUGUAUGAAUAUAGCACACUUAUAUAGUAUAAAUAUGUAUUAUGUAACCUAGGGAUUAUACUUGGAUUAUGAUUGAUAAUUUCUGUGGUGAUGGGGAAACCCUGAACUUGUCACGUGAUAUUAGUAACUAAGAUGGUUCAAAUGUAUGUAGCAAGUCCCCCUCAAAGAUAAUUUCUUUAAAAGUCCUUGAAUGUAGCAAGUAUAAAUCAGACCUUAUAACCUCACCCAGUGAGUUAAGCAAAGCUACAAUACAUUUAAAAAUAACGUAUAUAGCACAAUGAAUUAUUUAUUUUUCCAGGUGACUCUAAAUAGUUGAUUUUUCUGCCCGAAGGAUCCUGAACAUAUUUAGUCACUCUGUAGUUAUUUAAGAAUUUAAACCCAGAAGAUGAAAAAGUUUUAUAUUCCUGUACAUCAGUAGAAUUUACAGUUAACAUAUAUAUGGUUUGUUUUCAUUGAUAUGCUUUAAAAAUAACAUAACCUUUCUAUUUUAAGUGAAGCUUGACUUGUUUUAUAUGUACCCUGUUUAUAAUAUACCCUUUAUUGUUUCUAAUGAUAUACUUUAAUAAAAUAAUAAAUUUACCACU